AUGAUCCUCAUUUCCUCCUCUUCUGCAGCCACCACCUUGGACUUUGGAGCUACAACCCAGACCACCAGCAGCGGUGGCAGCACACCCUCAUCACACUUCACAUCCGGGGUGUCAGCGGGCCCCACUGGCAGUGGGGACUUUGGGAUGAGCAUGUCAGCCCCCCACAGCAGCUCCACCACUGGGGCAUUCGACUUUGUGGCAGGACAGAGUGGGAGAACUGGUGGCACGGCCCAUUUCUGGGGAUGCCUGAGUCAGAACUCCCUUGGUGCAGCUGGCCAGAGCACACUGUUUGGCAUCUACGUGGCCAGCACACCUCAGAACACGUCUGUGCUUGCAGCCAUCACCUCCAGCUUUGGAGCUGUGACCCAGGCCACCAGCUGUGGGACCAGUACAUCCGGGUUUGGCAGCACCAUCUCAGUGCCCUUCACAUCUAUGGUGUCAGCAGGCCCCACUGGCAGUGGGGGCUUUGGGACAUGCGUGCCUGCCCCCUACAGCAGCUCUACCACUGGGGCACUUGGUUUUGGCCAUCACCUCCGGCUUUGGAGCUGUGACCCAGGCCACCAGCUGUGGGACCAGUACAUCCGGGUUUGGCAGCACCAUCUCAGCGCCCUUCACAUCUAUGGUGUCAGCAGGCCCCACUGGCAGUGGGGUCUUUGGGACACGCGUGCCUGCCCCCCACAGCAGUUCCACCACUGGCGCAUUUGGCUUUGCGUCAGCACAGAGUGGGAGAACUGGUCUCAAGAACCCUUUCUGGGGAGCCUUAAAACCGAGCUCCCUGGGUGCAGCUGGCCAGACCACACCCACUCUCUUCCACAUGGCCAGCACACCCCAGAGCCCGUCUGGGAUUACAGGAUUACAGCCAUCACCUCGGCCUUUGCAGCUAUGAGCCUGACCACCAGCAGCGGGACCAGUAGGUCAGUGGUCGGCAGCACUACUUUAUCACCCAUCACGUCCAAGGUGUCAGCAGGUCCCGCUGGCAGUGGGGGAUUUGUGAUCAGCAUGGCUGCCUCUGACAGCAGCUCCACCACCGGGUCAUUUGGAUUUGGGUCAGGACGGAGUGGGAGAACUGGUCUCAAGAACCCUUUCUGGGAAGCCUUGAAUCAGAACUCCCUGGGUGCAGCUGGCCAGAGCACACCCUCUCCCAUCCAUGUGGCCAGCACACCUCAGGACACGUCUGGGAUUGCAGCCAUCACCUCAGCCUUUGCAGCUAUGAGCCUGACCACCAGCAGCGGGACCAGUAGCUCAGUGUUUGGUGAUACUACCUUAUCACCCAUCACGUCCAGGGUGUCAGUAGGACCCGCUGGCAAUGGGGGUUUUGUGAUCAGCAUGGCGGCCCCCCACAGGAUCUCCACCACUGGGUCAUUCAUAUUUGUGUCAGGAUGGAGUGGGAGAACUGGUCUCAAGAACCCUUUCUGGGAAGCCUUGAAUACGAACUCCCUGGGUACAGCUGGCCAAAGCACACCCUCUCAUAUCCACGUGGCCAGCACACCUCAGGACACAUCUGGGAUUGCAGCCACCACCUCGGGCUUUGGAGCUACGACCCAGACCACCAGCAGUGGGACCAGUAGCUCAGUGUUUGGCAGCAGCACCUCAUCACCCUUCACGUCUGGGGUGUCAGCAGGCCCUGCUCACAGUUGGGGCUUUGGGAUGAGCAUGGGUGCACCCCACAGCAGCUCCACCACUGGGGCAUUCAGCUUUGGGGAGGACAGAAUGGGAGCACUGGUGGCAUGGCCCCUUUCUGGGGUGACUUGAGUAAGAACUCCCUGGGUGCAUCUGGCCAGAGCACAACCUUUGCCUUCCACGUGGCCAACAUGCCUCAGAACACAUCUGUGUUUGCACAUCAGAUUUGGAAUGGGCUCGGUGUCGGAGUCCAGAUCCAGCUGAGGUAUGGGUCACAAAGGAAAGGACAGCGUCAGCAAGUGAGAUGAAUGAGGAGACGAAACACCCAAUUAAAGUUGUUACAUCUCCUGACAUCAAGCGGCAGGGUCUUUAUUUUUGUAUCUUUUUAUGGUUUUCAUAAUGUUGAACAUUUUUUAAAAUUAUGAAUAAUACAUUCCUUUUUCUGUCAGUUUACAUAAUUUCAGCUUAUUACCCUUAAGUAAAUGUAUUAUUUCUUCUAAUAGUAGCCAUUUAACAUUUAAUUUUUAACUUUCCCCUAGUCUAUUGUGAUUAGUAAUUCAUGUAAGCUACGUGCUAGGUGCUAAACAGAAAAUGGCGUAAGACAGCAUGUGAGUUAAGCAUGUGGGCUAUGAUUUUUACUUUAAGUGUGUAAAAUUAUAUAGCCUUUUAGAUAUGUGUCUAAGGCUAUAUAAAGUUUAAGCAGGUUAUAUAAAAUGCAAGCUAUAUGUCUUUUGGUUAUUAAGUGUAACUGUAUUAUUAAUUAAAUCCUAUCCUACACAUGUGGGUUGAGGCUUACAUCUAAAAUCUAGGGACGGUACUCCUAUCACCCAUUCCUUAACAUUCCUAUGAAUAAAUAAAAACACCUUAUUCUGUUA